AUGGCUCAUCAAGCAGACCAAGCCUUCAGUAAUUUCCAUGUCAAGCUCGAUGAUUUUCUCAAUGUUCUUUUACCCUCAUUGAGCAUACUGUUCCUGAAGGCAAACAUAUUCAUCUCCAAGGAACUGACGAGGUAUGUUUAUCUCAGUUUGUUUUUUGCUGUGCUGACAUACUAUACACAGAUUACAGAGCACUGCUUUAUUCGCAUCAACUAUGAAUCGAUGGUUGAUUGGUGUCAACAUACAGACUAUCUUUGUUCCAACCCCUGUUUCUUUGGUUCACCACACUUUGACUGUGUCUUCAUUCGGCUGACAGAGAAUAAAGUCAUUCUUGCCGGCUGGUCUUCUGUUUUGAAUGAUCUCAACCUUGUCAGAGUUCAUGCAAGACCACAAGCACAGGCACAGUUUUUUCCUGUAAGAUCAUUCAUAGGUGGGGCCCUUCUGGUACUGGAUGGACCUUCUGAUUAUUUUGGAGUUGAUACUGCAGAUACUGACAUGUUUCUUUGCAUAAAGAUGAUGAAUCUGGAGGCAGGGCACAUCGUGCACAUUUGA